AUGAACGUGAUUAUACUUGAGGCUAUAGCAUCUUUUCUCUUUCUGUUAAACAUAAUAUUCAGUUGUUUAUCUUUCUUUCUUUCUUUCUUUCUUUCUUUCUUUCUUUCAACCUUUCAACCUUUCAUAUAUCAUAGUGCAUUUUUUUCUUCUUUAUAUCAUGCUUUCUUUGUUUCCUUUUUCAGUCUCACAUCAUGUCGAUUUUCUUUCUUUCUUUCUUUCUUUCUUUCCCUAGUUUUACAUCAUUUUCUUCUUUCUUUUUUUCUUGCUUUAUUUCUCAAACGUCUAUAUAUCAUGUCCUUCGUUUUUUAUCCUUGUUUUUAUCAUUAUUUUUCUUUCUCAUUUAUACAUUGUAACGUCUUUCUUUUUUUCUUUCUUUCUUUCUAUCUUUCUUUCUUUAUUUCUUUAUUUAUUUUCUUUCUUAAUGAUGGAUAUCUCAUAUUUUUCAAUUUUUUUAAAUUUAAAAUUUAUUUCUUUAAUUUCUUUCUUUCUUUUUUAUUCUUUAAAAUAAAUUCCGCAUUUUUUCUUCUUUCGUUCUUUCUUUUAUUUUCGCUAUUUUUGUCUUUCUUUCUUUUUUUUUUUCUUUUUUCUUUCUUAAUGAGAUUUUUUUUUCAAUAUUUCAAAUUUUCUUUCUUCAAAAAAUUUAUUCUCUUUUCAUGUCUUUCUUAA